AUGUACAGUGAUCGCAAUCUCAUUAAUCGAAGGAAUGUUAAAGCAGAUGUACAUGAAGCUUAUACUCAGGGCAGGGACUUCUUUAUGCUGGAGUUUGAAGCAAGGGUAGUGGCAGCUGCACUAAAGAUCCUUGGAAUGCAAUCCAUUGAUUCUGCACCUGUGACAAUUAAGAUCCCGCAUUCUGUUGAAGCAAGCCAAGGUUAUAGUAUUCUGGGGGCGAUCUACUUGUUCAAGUUGGCAAAAGCUAUCAUGGAUACUUUCGUAUGUGCUAACUCCAAAGCAUCUGAAAUUAUAAAGUCUGUUCUUAAUGAAGAAGAGACUCACCAGAUUAAUGCACAACAACAG